CAGCUUUUAAGCCUGCUGUGUGAUGUUUAAAUGAAAAUGAUGUUCUGACAUUAUCCAGAUUUUUUAUCACAAAUCUUGCUAUAUUUGGGGUUUUCCUUAAACUUCCAAAUUCCGGAGUCAAGUGGUUGCAUAAGAAUUGUGGCCUUCACUUAAAAAUGGAAGUUUCUAGUCCUCAUGAUCGUUAUUAUUAUGAUAAUCCGUCGUGCACACACCACAGACAGCAGUAGACUCGCCACCCCCACCCCAUUGCCUCCUGCAGCUCGGGCUCUUUGGUGCCCGGAACUCUCCGCGCGGGCUGGGUUGCAGCGGGGAGGACCCUGCUCGUGGGGCUCCCGGCCGGAAGCCUCCCGGGAGUGGGGACGUGUCUCUGCGCUGCCGGGCCGAGCGUGUGGCCGUCGCGAGCCGCUGCCAUGGACUCGGCCAGUCUGGUGGAGGAGCUGCAGCUCCGCGUGCGGGAGCUGGAGGAGGCGCUGGCCAGGGAGCGGGGCGGCGGGCAGGGCCAGCGGGCUCGCAUCGAGAGGAUGAGCCCGGAGGUGACCGACUCCAACCCCUACAGCCGCCUGAUGGCAUUAAAACGAAUGGGAAUUGUGAAAGAUUAUGAGAAAAUCCGUACCUUUACGGUAGCAGUAGUAGGUGUUGGUGGAGUUGGCAGUGUGACUGCUGAAAUGUUGACAAGAUGUGGCAUUGGUAAGCUGCUACUGUUUGAUUAUGACAAGGUGGAGUUGGCGAACAUGAACAGGCUCUUCUUCCAACCUCAUCAAGCUGGACUAAGUAAAGUGCAGGCAGCGGAGCAUACUUUGAGGAAUAUUAAUCCUGAUGUUCAGUUUGAAGUACAUAACUACAAUAUCACAACAGUGGAUAACUUCCAACAUUUCAUGGACAGAAUAAGUUAUGGUGGGUUAGAAGAAGGGAAACCUGUUGAUCUUGUACUGAGCUGCGUGGACAACUUUGAAGCUCGUAUGGCAAUUAACACUGCCUGCAAUGAGCUUGGACAAACAUGGAUGGAAUCUGGAGUGAGUGAAAAUGCAGUCUCAGGACAUAUACAACUUAUCAUACCUGGUGAAUCUGCUUGUUUUGCGUGUGCUCCCCCACUUGUGGUUGCUGCUAAUAUUGAUGAAAAAACCUUAAAGCGAGAGGGAGUUUGUGCAGCCAGCCUUCCUACCACUAUGGGAGUAGUUGCAGGGAUUCUUGUACAAAAUGUUCUGAAGUUUUUAUUAAAUUUUGGUACUGUGAGUUACUAUCUUGGUUACAAUGCGAUGCAGGAUUUCUUUCCAACUAUGGCCAUGAAACCAAACCCACAGUGCAGUGACAAAAAUUGCAGGAAACAGCAGGAAGAAUACAAGGAAAAAAAGGCUGCACAACCAAAACAAGUAGUAGUUGAACAGGAAGAAGAAAUAGUGCAUGAAGACAAUGACUGGGGUAUUGAGCUGGUAUCGGAGGUUUCAGAAGAGGAACUGAAGGCUGCUUCUGGUCCACUUCCUGAUCUUCCAAAGGGAAUUACAGUAGCAUAUACCAUACCAAACAAGGAAGAGAAUGUUGUAGCUGAAGAAACAACAGUGGCAGAGUCUGAGGAAAGCCUAGAAGAACUCAUGGCCAAGAUGAAGAACAUGUAGGCAAACGUAAUAUUGAAUUUAACAUUUGGGAUCUUGCACUAGAGCUUAAUCAAGAAAUAUCACAAGAAAUAAGGUCCUGUAAGAAAUUCCUUUCUUAAAACUUGAACUUUUGGUAAAACAGAACUAUAAAAACUUGGAAAUGGCAUCUCA